GCGCAGCCAGCGAGGAUGGAGGAGGCGGCGGGCGGAGGCGCCGGGCCCGGCUGCGGCUGCAAAGGGAUCCGCUCCUGCCUGCUCUGCGAGGGGCCCGCGCAGGCCGCUCCGCCCCCACAGGGAGAAGAUAAUUUCACUUACUGUCCAGCAACGGGCCUAGCUAAAGGAAACGAGCACUCGGAAUUUGCUGGCUGGGCAUUUCCAUUUCCAGGGGUGCUCCUCGUGGAGGAGUUCAUCACUGAAGAUGAAGAGUCUGAGAUAGUUGAACUGAUGGAUCGGGAUGACUGGAAACCCUCACAGUCUGGCCGGAAGAAACAGGACUACGGUCCCAAAGUGAACUUCAAGAAACAAAGGCUGAAGGCUGGCAGCUUUACCGGUUUGCCAAGCUUUAGCAAGAAGAUUGUGGCACAAAUGGAGGCCUGCUCUGUGCUGGGUGGUUUCUUACCUGUUGAACAAUGCAACCUGGACUACAUGCCAGAGAGAGGUUCUGCCAUCGACCCCCACUUUGACGACUGGUGGCUUUGGGGAGAGCGUCUGGUGAGCUUAAACCUGCUCUCAGAAACGGUGCUGUCCAUGUCUUGUGAUUCAGAGGACAGCAUCCAAUUAUUUCCCACUUCCAGCAAAGAAAACGGGGAAUUAAAUCCCCCGGGAUCUUUCACACAGACGCCACCGUGCCAAAACCCAGGCAAAGAGGGACGCAACUGCACGUUAUCCCCAUGGCUCGUUCCAAGCCGGGAGGUGACUGUUGCCGUUCCCUUGCCGCGGCGGUGCCUGGUGGUGCUCUAUGGCGAGGCGCGGUACCGCUGGAAACACGCCAUCCACCGCAGGCACAUCCAGCGCCGCCGCAUCUGUGUCACGUUCCGGGAGCUGUCUGAGGAGUUCAGUGCAGGGGGAAGGCACGAGGAACUGGGUAAAGAACUGCUUGGAAUAGCUCUUUCCUUUCAAGGCAGGCCGGUGUGAGCAGCGAGAAGCGGCUGGAGUUGCCUUUUGUUAAGGAAUAUGCAAGAUAAGCUGUACAAGUGGUUAUUCCCAAGGUGUGUAUACAAAGAUACGCUCAAAUGAGCUUAUUUUUUGAUGAUAAGAAGCAGAAAUAAAGAGUGUGCAAG